UUGCUCUCAAAGUUCAAAUACAGAAACGUCCGUGCCGCCCCGGCCCCCCGCCGCCCUGGCAUUCCCGGGGAGCUCGUUCCCAUGCGCCCGCGCUCACGGGCCUCUCCAGCCCUCUCCACCUCCCGCCGCCCCUGAACGUCCCCAGCGAAACCAAAACAGUUUCGAGCCCCUUCGCCGCAGCUCCGGAAGCUCCGUUUCCAGCUGGGGCCCGGCGGCAGCGCUUCCUCCGUCCCCCUCGCCCGGGCCUGCCUGCGGGGACGAGGAGCCGGGCAGGGGGCGAGACCUCGGGGCAGCAGCGCGCGGAGCCUUCCCCCAAGAAAUGGUCAACGCAUGGUUUGCUGAGCGAGUGCACCCCAUCCCUGUCUGCAAGGAAGGCGCCCGAGGCCACGCCGAGUCCUGCCCUUGCCCCUCGCAGCAGAGUCCCCGGGCGGACGGCAGUGCCCCUGGGACACCAGCCAGGAAGAUCUCUGCCUCCGAAUUCGACCGGCCUCUGAGACCCAUCGUCGUCAAGGAUUCUGAGGGGACUGUGAGCUUCGUCUCGGACGCGGAAAAGAAGGAACAGAUGCCGCUAACCCCCCCAAGGUUUGAUCACGAUGAAGGGGACCAGUGCUCGAGACUCUUGGAAUUGGUGAAAGAUAUUUCCAGCCAUUUGGAUGUCACCGCCUUAUGUCACAAAAUCUUCUUGCAUAUCCAUGGACUCAUCUCCGCCGACCGCUAUUCCCUGUUCCUCGUCUGCGAGGACAGCUCCAAUGACAAGUUCCUCGUCAGCCGCCUCUUCGACGUGGCGGAGGGCUCGACGCUGGAGGAAGCUUCCAACAACUGCAUCCGCUUGGAGUGGAACAAAGGCAUCGUGGGGCACGUGGCGGCGCGCGGCGAGCCGCUGAACAUCAGGGACGCGUACGAGGAUCCUCGAUUCAAUGCAGAAGUUGACCAAAUUACAGGCUACAGGACACAAAGUAUUCUUUGUAUGCCAAUUAAGAAUCAUAGGGAAGAGGUCGUUGGUGUAGCCCAGGCCAUCAACAAGAAGUCGGGGAAUGGCGGGACGUUCACUGAAAAAGACGAAAAGGACUUUGCUGCUUACCUGGCAUUUUGUGGUAUUGUUCUUCAUAAUGCCCAACUCUAUGAAACUUCACUUCUGGAGAACAAGAGAAACCAGGUGCUGCUCGACCUCGCUAGCUUAAUUUUUGAAGAGCAACAAUCACUUGAAGUAAUUCUAAAGAAAAUAGCUGCCACUAUUAUCUCUUUCAUGCAGGUGCAGAAAUGCACCAUUUUCAUCGUGGAUGAAGAUUGCUCCGAUUCCUUUUCUAGUGUGUUUCACAUGGAAUGUGAGGAAUUAGAGAAAUCAUCAGAUACUUUAACAAGGGAACAUGAUGCAAACAGAAUCAAUUACAUGUACGCUCAGUACGUCAAAAAUACUAUGGAGCCACUUAAUGUCCCAGACGUCACUAAGGACAAAAGAUUUCCGUGGACGAAUGAAAACACAGGGAAUGCAAGUCAGCAACGCAUUAGAAGUUUGCUCUGUACACCUAUAAAAAAUGGAAAGAAGAAUAAAGUGAUAGGGGUUUGCCAACUUGUCAAUAAGAUGGAGGAGAACUCUGGCCAAGUCAAGCCUUUCAACCGCAACGAUGAACAGUUUCUGGAAGCUUUCGUCAUCUUCUGUGGCUUGGGGAUCCAGAACACGCAGAUGUACGAAGCCGUGGAGAGAGCCAUGGCCAAGCAGAUGGUCACCCUGGAGGUUCUGUCAUAUCACGCCUCAGCAGCAGAGGAAGAAACGAAAGAGCUCCAGUCCUUGGCGGCUGCCGUGGUGCCAUCUGCCCAGACCCUGAAAAUCACUGACUUCAGCUUCAGUGACUUCGAGCUGUCUGACCUGGAAACGGCGCUGUGCACCAUUCGGAUGUUCACCGACCUCAACCUUGUGCAGAACUUCCAGAUGAAACACGAGGUCCUUUGCAGGUGGAUUUUGAGUGUUAAGAAGAAUUACCGGAAGAACGUUGCCUAUCAUAACUGGAGACAUGCCUUUAAUACAGCUCAGUGCAUGUUUGCUGCCCUAAAAGCAGGCAAAAUUCAGAGCAAGCUGACGGACCUGGAGGUGCUCGCACUGCUGGUCGCUGCCCUCAGCCACGACCUGGAUCACCGCGGCGUGAACAACUCCUACAUCCAACGAAGCGAGCACCCGCUGGCUCAGCUCUACUGCCACUCCACCCUGGAGCACCACCACUUCGACCAGUGCCUGAUGGUCCUCAACAGCCCGGGCAAUCAGAUUCUCAGCGGCCUCUCCAUUGAAGAAUACAAGACCACGCUGAAAAUAAUCAAGCAAGCGAUUCUGGCUACAGACCUUGCCGUGUACAUUAAGAGGCGAGGAGAAUUUUUCGAACUUAUAAGAAAAAACCAAUUCCGUUUAGAAGACCCUCACCAGAAGGAGCUGUUUUUGGCGAUGCUGAUGACCGCGUGCGACCUCUCUGCAAUCACGAAGCCUUGGCCCAUUCAGCAGCGGAUAGCAGAGCUUGUAGCGAGUGAAUUUUUUGACCAAGGAGACAAAGAGAGAAAAGAACUCAACAUAGAGCCUACUGAUCUCAUGAACAGGGAGAAGAAGAACAAAAUCCCAAGUAUGCAAGUCGGCUUCAUAGACGCCAUCUGCUUGCAACUGUAUGAGGCCCUGACGCGCGUGUCGGAGGACUGCUUCCCUCUGCUGGACGGCUGCAGGAAGAACAGGCAGAAGUGGCAGGCCCUGGCCGAGCAGCAGGAGCAGGCGCUGGUCAACGGGGAGAGCGGCCAGGCCAAGAGGAGCUGAUGGCCCGCCGAGCGGCGCAGCGCGUGCUGCGUGUGCCCGUCCGCCACACGGGACACGGGACACGGGACAGGUCUGGCGUGGACUUGCCACUGCUGUACCUUUACUUCUGCACAGCUUUUGGGAGCACAGCAUGAAUUGUCUUGAGGGGACCAUUCCACAUUCGUGUAUUGGGUUUAUGCCGCUGAGCUGAGCUGAGCUGGUCGGUGCUGCCCCUCAGCCGUGGCCGUGGCCGGGGGAGCUGGGCACUGGAGCUGGCGGCUGCAUUCUUGCACUCAGGUUGGUUUUUCUGCUUGGGGAUUUUAAAUAAUUGGUUUUGUGGUUUUGGAAUGACCAAUCUUUCCAGAAUGUUUGGAAUCUUUUCCUUCUCAAAAAUAGGCGAGGAGCAAAUUGAAUAUAUGAUGUGACAUUUAAAACCUUCACAGGAAGAGGAAACUUGUGGGCUGAGUGGAUUUUAAGGGGGAAGUGGGAGUAUCUGUCAGCAAUGUGUUAGCUUAACAAAAAUACUUAAAACUCUGAAACAAAUGGAAAGUACCAUGAGGCGGUAUUGUACAGGAAAGGUAUCCUUUAACUGAUUGCACUGAUUUUAUUGAGGGAUGAGUUUGACCCCGAAGUGAGAUGCCUGUCAGUUCUGUUGGGAGGCACUCUGGAGAGGCAGUGAGUGUUUUAAAUGUUGGUUUCUUUUUUUAUAUAUCUUCCCCAUCGUUCAUAUUACAAGCCCUAGUUUAUAAGUGAACAGUUAAACUCUCAGCAGGAUAGCAAGAAAAAAGUACUGAUUGCAGCACUGACCUGAAAUAUGACCAUAGAUCAGAGGAUACAAAAUGAAUGUUUUUUUCUUGUCAAAUGAAGUAUAGAGGAAAGUUUUAAUUAAUAAACAGCAGAGGCCGCCCUUCCUGUUGGGGUCAAAACCGCAGGAGGGGAAGAAUCCUUAGGCCUGAGGACUUGGCAGUGCCGAGCCUGUGGCCGAGCACCUGCCCUACUCCAGCUUACAGGGCUGGUCAGCUAGAAGCCUGGAUGUUUGGGUACGGACUCUAACCGUGGCCCUGAGCUUGGAGACGGUGGUGUUUACUUCUGGUAGCUUUCAGUACGUUUAGAAAAUGAACGUUUUCUUAGAAUUUGAGCCCACUUAAGCAGUGUGCCGCUCUGUCCGGUACUGGAGGAGGAGGUCAGUGAGCCAGGCGGCUGGCUGGGGAGGCCAUCUCCAGGUCGGCGGGGAUGUUUGGGCUUGAGGAAGACAGGUGUUGUUUGGUAACCCCCUUCCAAAAAGUCCGAGUUUCUGCCUCCAGUUGGGAUAGAAAUCUCUUGGGGAUAUGGUAUGCAGCAUGAGCAAAGACUUUUCACUAAAACUUUGUUUUCCAUCUGCAUCAUUUUUCUCUAAACUGCCUAAAAUUCAACGUGUUCAUUAAGUUUUUAAAAUUGAGUGGGUAUAUUUAUCUUGACAUAAUGUGGCUCUAUUCUUACCAGUCAAGUAAAAAAAGGGGCGGGGUGGGGACCAAACAAAUUGUAUGGCCAUGACUUUGUAGUGGUAAAGGAGGGUCUGGACGCUAUCGACUUGAAUGCUGUAUGGAUUACUGUCAUGAUCCUUGUAUUUUCAGGGUGUUAUUCUAUUUUUAUCUUACGUCACACAGAUGAGAUCUAUAAGGUACCUCUUGGUGGCACUGGUGUGUAAAUUGCAGACUGUCACUGAAAUAAUGUAUCUACAUACUGGUAUAGGCCUGUGCAUGCAUACAUAUUUCCUUAGCAUAGAAAAUUGUUUCAAGAGUAACUGUCUUUAUCUUUUUAUCGUACACAUUGUGAUGUAGCAGUUAUGCUAAAAUCUGUAGUCACAUACUUCAAUAGUUUGUUUAGACCCCUCUGAUGGAUGUCACUGAGAUUUUUAAAGACAUUAGACUAUGUAUGCAGGAUUUUUAUGUGUGCCACUUUAACAAUCAAAAAGGUAGAUUAGAAAUUGGUUUACCUUUAGAUAAUGGUUGAUUUUACUUUACUAGUUCAGAAAUUAAAAGAAGUUGGGCAAUGCUAUGCCUGUUUAUCAUUGAAUGUCUUAGUCCAUACAGAAGAACAGUUCUUCUUUAGAACUGGUUAGUUGGUUCAAAUAAUUUUAAUUUUUAGAAAAGUCAUUCCAUACAUUAAUAUCUGGUACAUGGGCACAAGUCAAAGUUUUCAUCCUCGUGUGAAUAUUUCUUUUCCAGUAUCUUAAGUCGGAAAAAUAUAUAUAUAGUCCUCCCCUACCUCACCCUAUAUUUAUAUUACUCAUAACUAGCAAGAAGUUGUUCUCAUUCUAAAGUAUCUUGUUUUUGUUAUAGCUGAGUAACAUUACACAAUUUCAUUUCAAUUUUCAGCCCAAAAAGGCCCCACAGUUUUAUUAAGUUGUUGAAAAGAUAUCUGUGAAAAUGCUCAGCCUUGUAUUUUCAGAAGACUGGCCUUUGCCAGUCACAACCUGUGUGAACUUGUGUAGGCCACUUAGCACCUGUGUGCCUGAACAAGCAGUGUCGUUAAAGGGGUAAGUUUGGGCGAAGCCUGUCUUCACGGAGAACGUCACAGAAGGCAGCUGCGACGUCAGCCCUGACGGGCCCUGGGAACACUGUCAGAAUGGGACGUGGGGCUACAGAGCAUGGUGAUCUAAUCCCACAUGCCAUUUCCAAGACUGAAAACGCAAAACAGCGCACUCACCCGGCCUCUCACGCAGACGGCUAGCGAGUGAGACUUGGGGCUCUGUGGGCCGCCUGUCCCACGGGGCGGAGCCCGGGGGUGGUGUCAUCACCACCGAGCUCUUAAUUACAAAGAACGGUUUCCUUCAACAGCAGUAUGGAGAGAAAGUGCAUGAGAAUGUACUGGAAAUAUUGGAUUCUGGGAGGAAACUGGUCACAGACACAUUCUUGCCUCGCAGUGAAGUGCCUUUAUUUUCAGCAUAGAGCACAGACGUCUGGUUUUCCAUUUUUCUGUGUUUUUCAUCAGACUGCACCCCUAAAAUCCUACACGCCAUCACGAGCACGGCUGCCUGUUCUGUGUGUACGAAGCUAACUUAGUGCGAGGGGUGUGACCGCCACGAGGUCCUUGUGCGGCCGCAGCCACAGCGAGGCGGCCGAACCAGCGCUCACGACCGGGACGUGCGUCGACCCACUCUGCUGAGUCCCUGCCGCGUGCCAGGCCCUGGGCUCAGCCGUGGGGACAGUGUGGCAACCGCGAGGCGCUCACAGCCCCUGCGGGCCGUGCUGGGGGAGAGGCCUACGCGCUCCUGCCGGUUACCGCGGACACACGGGGCACACUGCCACGUCUGUUUCCAUCUGCAACAUGUGUUUCGGUCCUCGGAGGGCCGUCGUGACCUGGAACUUGGAAGAACGUCUCAGUGGCCGCCUUGUGUUCUCGCAAGUAUGACUCACUGAGACCUGAGAGCUUAAGGCUCUCUGGCAUAAGGGACGUCUGACGUGAGGGGGUACACAUUCCACUACCUGUGGUAUCGUUCCACUCAGCGCUCCUAGACUGUCGCCAUGCAGCUGUGGACCCUCCCCCUGCUCCAUCACGGGAGCGAGGAAGGAAGGAUGAAGGCUCGCUGCGCCUGUCCGUGCACUUCUCAAAAGCCUGUGUAAACACGUCUGAAUGAAUGUUGCUGAAAAUGAUGUAAAUAGUCGAAAAUAGAAAUUUCUAUUACAGUUUAAGAAAAGGAAACCUACGAAUCAUCACUAGCCACUGUUAAUACCUAUUUGUAUUCUUAUACCUUUUCAAUAUAUUUGAACAAAUAUAUAGUUUCUGGCACUAUUUUUGUACUAGGAUAAAGGAGUUACUAUGUAUAUUAUGUUUAGCUUUUACGUCGUUUUAAAUAAUUGUGAACGUUGCUUCCUUGUCUCUCCUGUCCCCCACCCUGAGAAGCAUUUCAGAGACAAAAUCGCUUUAAAGGAACGCUCACCUGCACGGUCCCUACGAAGCCGAGCGGCGUCGGGAAGGUGGUCCGUGGCGCAAACGUUUCGACGCCGUGGUUUCCUCCUUUUGCCAUGCUUUGUGAAAAUAAAAACAAUGAGUGAGUA